GCACCAUGACUUGUGUUAGCGCAGGCGCAGUGUCAUGUAAACAGAACUGCUGCGGUUGCUAGCUGAGGAUGUAACCUUUGCUGUCAUGAUUAGCUUAUGUAAACCUUAAGAUAUGAGGUUCCAGUCGGGUUAAAUUGUUUGAUUGUUCUUUGAUUAAAGGAACUCAGAAAGUUUGAGCAAUAGAUAUCUAGGGUUUAUAACUGGAAGCAUAAGCUACGUGGGUUAGCUUGUGGUACCGUUAGCGUGUAGCCACAGCCUUGUUCACCAACCGAGCUAACAUAACGCCAGCUCGUCAACGCCCGGUCUUUAUGUGCUUUAAUAGACAAUACCUCAUUUAGCGGUGAAGCUCAUGAUAGCCAACCAGCUUAUUCCUUCAGUGAUACCAAAAUGAUGGUAAAUGUCGUGUCACUGUUGAGUGCAAUAAGCCAAUCAGUUAAGCUAGUUUGCUAACUCCGGUGAUAGGCCAUCGAGUGACAGAAAUCAAACUACUUCAGGUUUGAUUCAACGAUCAAAAGGAUAUCUUUGGAGGCUGACUUAUUGUCAUCAUAUGUUGACUGAAAACAGGUGAGCAAGUCUUUACUGUUUGAGUUGGUUUCAGUAGCGUUAAUAAUGUGGGAUUUACGGGGAGUGGUUAUUUGGACAUGAUCCGAGUUUAUUGUAAGGCGAGGCAGGUGGUCUAUCAGGUGUAGAAACAACGAAUUUAAUGUGUUUGAUAGUGUAUUUGUGUGUGCUUCAUCCACACAGGAAACGACAGCGCAGUGGCGGCGAUGAGGAGAGCGGCCACCUGGUGCCACAGGCCAAAAGGCUGAGCAGAGGUCACCCCCUGUCCCCGGAACCGGGCCGGGAUGCCUGGGACUCUGAGGUAUACACAGUCAAAAAAUAUCAUAGUACUGAAGAAGCAGUGAAAACAUCUGACAAAGAGCUGUCACACUGACUUAUAAGCAUCAGGAGUUUCUAAUGAUAGUGAAAAGGUGCCCUACUUAGUGCUUAUCAAACGACUCUUUCAUGCCACAUAUGUUUACAUAUUGAGAAAUAGUUAGUUGUAGGUUAAUAAUGCUUAUAAUCAGAGGGCAGGUGAUAUCGCAUAGCAUUUGAGAAAAGAUACUAACAAAUGAGAGGCGCAAUGGCAGGACUUUGGAUUUUUUAACUUAUUAAGACAGAAAAGAACUGUAUAGUAGAUAUUAAAGGGAUACUCCAGCAUACAAUUAAUUUAGUUGCUAACCUGUAUACUUUGUACUGUACUAUGUUUGGGUGAAAAUCAAGGUAACUCACUGCUCAUGUAAAUGUCCUCAUCUCAGUCAUCCAACAGUGAGAGCAGCAGCAGCAUCAGCAGUCCAGAACAUGCGGCUGGGAGCUGUGGCAGCCGCUGCGCUGUCGGCCCCUGCAGCCCCCUCAGCACCAGCGACUCUUCAGAACUGGCCAUUUCUACAAACCUGGUGUCCUACGAGCAGAUCAACCGCAUCCUGAAACAGGCCCACUUCCAAAGCCUGCAGAGCAGAGGCCACGUCAGAGACACAUGACGACCUUCAGGCUCCCCUUUCGCCCACGAGUGGACCUGAGUCCCUGAACUCAGGCACCUCAGAACAUCACAUGAUGAUUCACUUCACUCAGCUGUUCUCACCCAUCUCCAGUUACUGUGAUAUCUCACAGCUCUACAUAUCUGUGGAUGGAGGCCGGCUCCUGGUCAGGUAUCUGGAGGGGGUUCAUCAUUCAAUUAAAUAAAAAUGAUUAUCAUUUUAGCAAUAAUAACUGUGUGGUCAAGUUCAACAUUUUGUGUGAUCUGCUUCGUGUUUGACCAGUUUGGUUUACAUGCUGCUCCUUGAGCCUCGUUGUGACUGAUGAUGAUGAUGACGACGAUGAUGAUGAUGAUGAAUCCAUGUGUUGUUGUCUUAAGUGUUGUAUGUAAACAGUGCUACUGCGGCUGCAGAGGUUGCACCAAAAUCAUUUUAGGCUAGUCAGAGCUGACUUCUUUAGUCUGAUCAUGGGCUUCUCGGAUUAUAUGAUAAUGAAUCUGAUGUCUGUGUGAGUACAUGGACCAGUCUCAGGGAGGAUUUGCACUUGUCUUGGACUGCUCUUUUGCUUUCAUUUUUCAGACAGGGACUCCUUCUGAGGGACACACAGAAGCCAUGGGUGUUAGCUCAACCAAGGACACAUACACACACCUUCUCAGCCCUUAUUAUGUUAGUUGAUAGACUAUUUGAAAAUAUUUCAAUAGAUUUCAGAGAAUUGUAGUGCAAGGUCAGACUGUAGAUUUGGUUUUAGCUUGGAUCAAAACUUUUAAUGCAGAAUGUAGUUCUGAACAGUUUUAGGAAUUAAGAGCCACAGCCCUUUACUUUAUUAAAAUUAUGGGACAUCUAUCUCAUACUUUACAGACAGUAAAGUUGUUAAUUUCUGGUACAGAUCAUGAUUUAAAUUUCGUGCAACCUGAGAUGUGUACGACACAACCUAUCCUGUUCUCUUGUGAUCAAUGAGCAAUAAGACCAGAUUGUGACCUCAGGGGCGGUUAUUUCUAAUCAAUAGUGUUGCCAAAUGUUUUCACCCAUGUAGGGAAACAGAAAUUAUUACAAUCUUUUCCGAAGAGGCGCAACUCUAACCAAAAGAGGAGUCAGUGUAACAUCAGCAGAAAACAACAUCAGACAGGUUCCUUCGUAAGCUUAUUUAGGGGAAACAUUUGGCAUAUCUUUACAAUUGAAAUAGGACCUGAUUCAUUCCACCAUUGAUCAUAAGAGUACAGAAUUUAAUUGUGUGAGAACUACACAACAUUUAAGUUACUUAUGACCACAGACAAACAGAAGUUCUAGUUACAGUCCAUAAACUUUCAAACGUCUUGGACUUUCCAAUUUUGCUUUGAUAGUAUAGGACGCUGCUGAAUGUGGCGUUUUAGCUCGUAGAAAAUGUAGUUCUUUCUGUCCGGACGGGGUCGCACGACACCUGUAGGAUCAAAAUCAGCCCAUUAGGCUUUAUACUGGAGCCUGUGCACUACUGCUCAAUGGUUGCUGCAUAUGUGUCCCUGUGCACUGAACAUCCAGGUACAAGCACUGACCGAGAGGGUGCGCAGCUCUCCCUCUCUUUAAAGCGGGAUCAGUUUUUUGCUGGACUCCCCCUAAUCCAGGACUCAGAGAGUGGAUGUUAAUUAUUUUUUUUCAGAUUGGUGUAUCAGAUAUAAAUGCAUUUUAAAGAUGUGGUUUAUUUUUUUUAGUGAAAUAUUUUUUGUAUUGAGUAAUUUUCAUAACAUUAACCUGCCAUUGGUUUUAUUUUUGUCUUGUAAAUACCCCUUCAUUUAAUAAAUAAAGUUAAUGUUUUUGAAAAUAGAGUUCUUU